AGGUUAAUGUAACCUGUAGCUGGAGUGGACAUAGGUAUAGCAGCAGGUCGACUGUGGGAGUUGGAGGGUUGGGUGAUAUAUAUCGUGGCUUGUGUCAUCUAUAGUAGCCUAGCUGCCUUCGUAGCCGUCCCCCCAGGCAGAGAGAGUGGCCACAAGAGGGCGACAGGGGACAUCUGGGCAUUGUCCUACACCCCCAAAUUGUUUGUUCAAACUUUUCAUCAUCAGCGAGCAGCCAUACUUGUUUGGAACUAACGCUGUCUCUGGACGUAAUCAGGGCACAACAAGCGAAUGAAAAAUUGGAUUUAACUGUGACGUUUAUUCCUGUGACUUAUUCUUGAACUGUCUUGGGGAGAUAGUUGCAUCGUGGGAGGUAGAAUGGAGAGAAAGAGAUUUUACCGCAGUAUAAUGCAAAGCCUGAAACGGCGACUUAGUUUUCGGAAGAAAAAAGACCAUGUGCCUGAAUGUUCGAAACCCCACCAAUGGCAAGAGGAUGAGAAGAAGGUGCGAGAUGGCACAUGCAGCUUCCAAGUCCGGUAUCUCGGCUGCAUCGAAGUUUUCGAUUCUCGGGGGAUGCAAGUUUGUGAAGAGGCUGUGAAAGCUCUAAAAGCUCAGUGCAAGGGCAAGUACCAGAGGGCAGUGCUGUAUGUUUCGGGAGAUGCGCUGCGGGUUGUGGAUGAGAUCAGCAAGAGCAUGAUCGUGGACCAGACAAUCGAGAAGGUUUCAUUCUGUGCUCCUGAUCGUAACCACGAAAAAGGGUUCGCCUACAUCUGUCGAGAUGGAACCACCAGACGAUGGAUGUGUCACGGCUUCUUAGCUGUGAAAGAGUCCGUAAGUUCCACGGAGGCGAUGGGAGAGAGACUAAGCCAUGCAGUAGGGUGUGCCUUCGCAAUAUGUCUGGAACGGAAACAGAAGCGGGACAAGGAGACAGGGGUGACAGUUCAGUUCAACCAGGAUCGAACAAGCUUCACUCGGACAGGGUCCUUCAGGCAGACCACACUCACAGAGAGGCUGGCGGACCCCCAGAGUGCAAUUCUAGCAGAACCAGUCCCAGUGCGGAAGAUUGACAACCCUUAUGCUGUUCAACGGCCGCAUGCCACGUCGUCAAUGUUAAACAGACAGGGUUCAUUCCGAGGAUUUGAAAAGCUCCAUGAAGCCUCAUCCCCCUUCAAACGCUCCGUGUCCCUACGUCUGGGAGAACUCCCCUCCACGUUACAGAGGCAGAACGCAAUACUAGAAUCCCCAACACAUAAUGGCAAUGGUGCAGUAGGAGGUGCUAUACAGGAGAUGUCUCCCACCCAUGAGCAGGAGGAUUCCAUCACCAAGAUGUGUCAGCAGCUCACACAGGGGCUGUCUACACUGUCCUCGGACGAGCCCUUCGCCAACGCCCCAACUCGACCAGGGAUGGGUCUCCCACACCAGAACUCGGUCCCACCAUUCCAUCAGUACUCCAGCCCCACUCAGCCAACUCUUGUGAGACAGAACACUACGCCAGCAGGUUACGGAUCCAAUGUACCCCAGCCCACCACCAACCCGUGGGCAAACCCCGCCACAACUGCCGCCACCCCUCCUGCACCUCAGCGUGUGCCUAGCGAGGACUGGCCAAACAAAGGAGCCACCUCCCCAAUGGGAUCAACCAACCCCUUUGCCUCUGCCCCCCAGACUGCUUUCACCACCUCCCCAACGUCGUCUGCUGUCAACGGUGUGCCUUUCUCCGGAGAACCCUACCCUAAGGCACCUCCUGCCCAGCCCCCAAUGGCACGGCCGCGACCAAUGCCCUUCCAGCACACGAGGAGUCAUUCCAUAGAUACAGGAGAACUCUCUAACACGGGCUGGCAGAAGACUAAACCUACAUUGUUAGAAAUGGCUCAUCAAAGAAGUUUCCAGCAGAAUGGAAACGUAUCAGGCAGUAGUCAGUGGAGUGUGUCUGAAAGUUCUUCGAGUAGCAGUGUCGCCAGCCCGACACGUCAAGCCGGGCCAGGGGUGGAUCCUUUCGAUGUUGCCUGGGCAGCAAAGGCUGCCAAUAAAUCUGGCAGUAAUCCAUUCGGGUCAAAGACUGUGAAACAGUUCGAAGUACAGUUAUAGAAGUGAUUUCUUUUAUAUGACAAAGUGAUAGACAUUGGCAAAGUCCUAUUUUUAAAAGAGAUUUGUGAAGGAUGCUAUUUUCCAUGGCUGGAUAUAUCAUCAGAUACUGGCUAUCUGAGAAAAGUUGUAUAAUGAUUCAUUACAGUGAAGAUGUAUACAGACAGGCGUUGGAUAUCAUGAGCAUCGUAACACAUAGCGUCUCUGUGGAAUAACACUUACCGGUUGCACAAUGUGUACAGUUUAGUGUUUCACAAGGAGCUGCUGCAGCCAGACCUACAUACCAUUGUCGACACAUCACUCACAUCUCCUGCUGUGCCAGCCAGGUUUCUCAGUUAUUCAUCAGGUUGUUGUACAGUCUUGUAUAGAACCAAUCGCUGGAGCACAUCUCUCAGUUAUUCUGUCAGACCAAGUCCAUGUCCAUGUCCGCUGAUGUGUCAUUAUCCCAGGUGUGGUAUAACAGCAUAUACCAGUGAUAAUGGCAGGGGGUAUAACAGUAUAUUUCUGUGAUUAUCACACAUACAUACCAGUCAUUAUGGCAGGUGUGGUAUGACGGUGUACAUACCAGUCAUUAUAGCAGGUGUGGUAUAACGGCAUCCAUACCAGUCAUUAUGGCAGGUGUGGUAUAACGGCAUCCAUACCAGUCAUUAUGGCAGGUGUGGUAUAACGGCAUCCAUACCAGUUGUAAGGGCAGGUGUGGUAUAGCGGUGUAUUACCAAUCAUUAUGGAAUGUGUGGUAUAACGAUAUACCAUGUGUGAGCUUUAACUAUCCAGUGCUUGGUACUGUUACGUGUGCAGGGUAAACGAUUAACUUGUAUGCUCUGAUAAAAGCUACUGAUUGUGGAACAAUUUUGUGUUGUUGACUUGCAUCAAGUUUGGGCCCUGUAUGAAUUGUUAUGUACCCGAUACAUAGAUUGAUGUACCCUAGGAUCAAUUUCUGCUGUAACAUGCCCAGACUCUAGUGUCUGAAAAUAUCCCAUCACCAUGAGAGCUGUCAUUCAAGCCAGGGUUGUGUUCAGGGUGAAUGUGAAGUUUUUCCCAUGAUCUGAAACCUGUUCAUGAAGUAUAUCUGGACUGUGUUAAAACUAUUACUUUGAAACAGCCUGUUUCAGUUUAUUCCAUUCAGACCAGUUUGGGAAUGAGUCAGCCUACAAGGACUGACCCACAUCUCUCCUCUGUUGGACCAUGAACUGUAUUGGACGACCUUGUGAACGCAUCUUCUUCUGAUCAUGCACAGCGCCCUCUAUGAUGUCGUGUCACCAUUUCCCAGCAGCCUUGUAGCACUUCCUUACUUCUGUACCGUGCUUCUCAUGGAGAUAAGAAGUGUUUCAUUUUAACUGGAAUUAGCUCACUUUUACCAUGUUGCAAUUCGUUUGUAUUGUUUAUUGUAAUUAAUAUUUUAAAUUAAUCUUGCUGUCCAUUUUAUAAUAACAGGAAAGACAAUCUUAAUAGAUAACUUAACAUUAUCUUCAAAUACUUUUUAUGGGUAGCAAAUCUUUUACAAAUUACAUCUUGUGAUUUUAGUACUUUUCAUAAACAAGAUUUUUUAAAUAUAUAUUUAUCAGAAACCGAAUUUUGAAUUGAUCACUCCUUAUGUCCUGAUUUGCACAUGAAUGGACAAUGGGGGUUUUAGAAGUAAAAACAAAUAGAAAAUAUUAAAUUCCUAUUUUGAACAGCCUGUAACAUUUUCUGUGGCUGGUCUUGCGCCUUUGUAAUGGAAGUGUCAGCAUGUACAUAUUGUUGUGUAUCCAUCUACACCUUGUGUAUUUGUUAUCUUAUCAUGUUAAGUAGUUUAAAAAUUAAGAACUUGAAGUGCACAAUCAAAUUUCCUCAUCCAUUGAUAUGACUUACUUCAUAAUACAUGAGCAUUUUUAUUUUGAUCUCUAUCCUUCCAAACUGUCUACUUAAUUUCCUUGAUAGAAUGCACUAUUAUGUUUUAUACAUUUAUAACAGAUGAAAUUUUAGAACUAGAAUUUAUUACAGUUGCCCAAACUGACUUGUCAUGUUUGUAAAUAUGAAUAUACUCAGACCUUUGAGCAAUAGCUGAAUGAGUUUCUCUGCCUUAUAAAUAGACAUGAGACUAGACACUGGUAAUGCCACACCUGUAAGCAAGGUGGUGCCACACCUGUAAUUAAGGUGUCACCACACCUGUAAUUAAGGUGUCACCUGAUGCUUGAGAUUAUGUCAAGAGUGCUGGGUACAAGUGACAUCUUUGUACCACACUGAACAUUUACACUGUAGUAGUGCUAUAUUUUAAAUGUUUAUUUAAAUUUUAUUACAGAAACACAUUUUUCAGAUUUUAUAUGAGUAUAACCAACAGACAUUUUAGCCUGUUUCUGAAGAAUCGGUUUGACCUUGAUCCAAGUUCAAUCAGCGGCCUUCUUGUUUAGCUUUUGACAUUAUUUGACUUUUCUGAAAUUGUCAUAUUGGAAUAUUAUGUUGGGAAAAUAGUAUCUAAGUCGGAUUACCUGAUUUGGUGAUGAAGACAUCUUUAUCCCACAGUUUACCAAUCUGUGUCUGUCUUUACACCGUAUGUUCUGACCAGUGAGAUCUCUGAAGUUGGUUAUACCAAAUUAAUGCGGUGACCAUAGCUACCCCUUUUUGCUGCCUCAGGUUUUCUUUUCAUCUCCUCUCUCUCCUUAGUAUUUGACGCAGUCAGUAUUGCUGUUCUUGGGAUUAUUUUCUUGGAGAAAAUACAUCAAUAUAUUUACAGAAAUAGCCUUCAGCCAACCCUAAGCCAGAACAUUAAAUUUUUAGACUCAUCCAUGUCUGUGGUAAAAAGCUAGUCAGACAUGGAUAGUUUUCUCUGUUUAGCCUAGAUGAACAUUUCCUCAAUAAUACCCCAAACUAUAGGUCAAACUGUCCUGGAAAGUUGUUGUGACUAGUGCGAUUUUCCUGUCACAUUUUGCUUGUUUCUUGGUGUGAAAUAAACACUAAUUGCUCAAUAUUGACAGACAAUACUGGAGGCCUUUCAUAUACCGGAUGUUACAUCAUGAAAUAGAGCAGGCCGUUAUGACAUUGACACAAGUUUAUAUAAUUUUAAUGUAAAUAUAUAGUUUAUUGCAAAUAUUACAUAUUUAUUCAGUGUGAGAUGUCAAGGUUGAUAUGAGAUCAUGUUAAUUACAGUGGAACGGUCUGUUUUCAACCGUCCAAAUGUGUAACAGAUUGUUUGUAAGCUGUUUCCCCAAGAACUUUCUUCUCACAUGUAUGAUCAGUUUUCGACAAGUAGUAUUUCAAUUCACUUCAUCAUAAUAUUAGAAGUAAAUAUACUGAAGAAAAAAAAUCAUGAAUAUUUUGGGGUAUAUUUUGAUGAAAUUGUAUGCUCAGUCUUCACAACAAAAAUGAUCCCCAAAAAUAUUGAGAUCACAAACUUUUUGUGUUCAGUGUAUCAACCAGUAAGUAUUAACUUAUCUUCUCUUUUAUGACAACCUUUUGAUUUAGUAACAUCACAUUCAGAUUGUGAGAAGGCAGGUUGUGGGACUUAGCGCUAAUAUUGCAUUGCUUAUGGUAACUUAGUCCAACAAUGUUAACGAUUACUAGCCAGUGACAAUGAUUUAUGGUAUGGUAUGAACCAGUUUUUCUGGAGAAUAUCAAUCCUUUUUUCAGCAUUGCUGCUCAGACUGCUUCAGAUUGUUUCUUUAUCUCAUUCAAAUUGAACAAGGAAGUUACACAGAAAAAACAGUGAUGAAAUAUGCGUCCUAACCAAGAAAGUAAACUGUGUGCUACAAAUAUUCAAAAGUUUCCUCAUGAAUCCUAUGAAUUUAAAAUUGGCAACUCAUAUGAAUUUUGAUUGGUUGGAAACCACCUUGUGGUGAAUGCACUGACUGCCCUUGAAGCUGCCAUCUUGCUUGCUUCGUUAGUGACCGAACUUCUAUCCAUGUAGGUGUUGUGUACGGGAACAUAUCAUCGCGUCGUUCUCCUGGGUUGUGUCUGCGGUAUAUAUCUGUCAUAUUACCCGCUUAGUAGAACAGGAUUCUGUUUCUUCUCAAUAAAACCAUGUAUUAUAAUAUUCAUGAAAUGUGAUAUUGUGAAACAUCCUGAUGUGAUAACAAAGGGAGACAACUUUGGUCAACUAUUUCAAACUGUGCUCUGUGUCCUAAUUCCGACAUUUCUGUCUUAUUGUGCUGUGUAUUCAGUUGAAAAAUUUCAUGGUGAAUUUGUUAUCAUCCACUUAUGAUGACAAUAGCUUUACCUCAAUAUCUCAGAUGUGUAAAUAUCAACAAUCAGGUGACGCUCAGUUGAAUCCAACUGGAGGUCAUGGCUGGAUUUGGUUGUAAUAGAAUGUCAUUUUUUUAUGUGACUUGUUAACCUCAUUGUUCUUGUCUUAGAAAAUUUUAAGUCCUUAUUCAGUGGAGAAAAAGCUGAUAUCUCAUUUAUUAUCUUAUUUUAACCAACAUUUUUAAUUCCUGAAGGUCGUGUCACUGCAGUGUACAAGACAUGUUUAUAGGACGAGGAAACAUGUGUACCACAUGUGGCUCCUGGUGUUAGUGCCGUCAUACACCAGUUGUCACGUCACCGUGUAUAAUGUAAGCUCCCGGAAUAAAAUAAACAUGAUUACAGUUAA